AUGGAGCAUUGUCUUAGGGAUUGUGAGAAAUCAAGAUGCAUUUGGCAAAUAUUGGAUCCUUUGCUUAUUGAUUCAUUUGAAGGUACUCCCUUGGAAUUUUGGAUUCGGAAGGUCAUGCCGGGCAAUGAGGCAAUUGUAGAGGCGGGUCUUUGGUGGGUGUGGAGGCAUCAUUGCGAUGAUAUUUUCAAUAAUGGAGAUCAGUGGUUAAACUAUAAGGUUGUUGCUAUAGCUCGGAUUACUGCUAAUGAUUUAAGAAAGUCUGCCAGUACCAAGUGUAUAACUUUCAAGGAUCGAAGGAGGUGGAAACCUCCAACAGGUGACACUUUUAAAGUUAAUUGUGAUGCGAGUCUGUUUUCUGAUUGGAACCUAGCAGGAAUUGGCUGUGUUAUUAGAAAUUCUAAUGGGUAUUGGAUUUCGGGUUGUUCUAGUAGCUAUCCUCCAGGGCCUAUCGUCAGAUGUGAGCUUUUUGCUAUUUGGAGGGGUUUGAUUUUAGCUUGGGAUUAUGGCUUGAGAGAUAUUGUGUGCGAAACAUAUUCUCUUGACAUUUUGCACAUUUUAAAAAAUCCGGCAAAUGGGCUAAAUUGUGAUGUGGUUGAUAUUCUUCAGAAGAUACAGGAGCUUCUAUCAAGACCUUGGGUUGUGGAUUUUGAAUGGAUUACCCGUGAUGCUAACGCUGUGGCAGAUUGGCUGGCGAGAUAUGCGGUCAAGACCAAUCUAACUCAUGUUAUUUGGUCGGAACCUUGUGAUGAGCUUCAGCAUCUUAUGCUUGUUGAUUUAGGAUAA